CCAGUUAAGCUAGGGCUCAGCCGCGAGGUAGCUGAUAUCAAUUCCCAAACGCGCGAUCGAUUCCGGUGUUCCUCCGAUCCACCAUAGCUUAGGCCGGACCAACGCCUUCUCGAGAAGAGAUCGUGAGAGAUAUAGCCCUUUCUUCUUCUUUGAAUUCAGAAACGAAGCUGAAAGGAGAGUUGAAAAGUGGUAAUUUUGGAGUAGAAGUUGUAAUCCAUGGAGAGUUCGUCGAGUGAAGAUGAAGGAUCAACGAGAGAUAACAAUGUGGACCUUAAUGAUGACAACAUGGAGCAGCAUAUGGGGUUGGAGGUUAGCAGUCAUUUGGCAGAAGAAGGUGGCCUUUUUGUGCCCCAUCAGCAGAAUGCUGAAAAUCCUGAACCAUUUGUAGGCAUGGAGUUUGAAUCGGAGGAGUCGGCCAAGUCCUUCUAUAUGGCAUAUGCCAGUCGUGUGGGGUUUUCAGUGCGUAUCAGUAAGUCUCGUCGGUCUAGGAAUGAUGAAUCUAUCAUUAUGCGACGUUUUGUGUGUUCCAAAGAGGGCUUCCAUAUGAAAAAAGGAAACUUUGAUGAUGGCAAGAAGAAGAGAAAGCGGGCAACCAUAAGGGAAGGUUGUAAUGCGAUGAUUGAGGUGAUUCAAAAGUAUUAUGGCAGGUGGGUUGUCUCUAAGCUUGUUAAAGACCAUAACCAUCUGGUGGAGGCUCCGAGUAGGGUGCGGUAUAUUGCACCUGAGGAAUAUGCCGGCAUCGAACCAUUUCUUGGCAUGGAGUUUCAUUCACAUGAAGCAGCUCAGACAUUCUAUUAUGCAUAUGCCAGUCGUGUUGGUUUUGAUGUCCGUAUUAGGCUCUCUCGCCGUUCUACGCGUGAUGAUUCUUUUGUUAUGCGGCGGUUUGUAUGUACAAAGGAGGGUUUUACUCCAUUUGAGGAAAGUUAUGAUGAGAACAAGAAAAAGAGAUCUCGAACACCCACAAGAGAGGGUUGCAAAGCAAUGUUUGAAGUAAUUAAAAAGGACUAUGACAAAUGGGUUGUUUCUAAGCUUGUCACAGAGCAUACUCAUGAUCUGGCUGUUGCUCCAAGCAAAGUCCAUUACAUCCAAUCUCAGAGUGAAGUGGUUGUUCUUGCAAAAAGUGGAACUGUUAAUCGUGAUAAGUCAGCUACCCCAGCUAAUUUAAAGCCCCAGCUUGUUGAACCAGUCACCGGAUUUAGUAAUCCACCUCCAAAUGAUCAAGACCUCAGGACUGAUACAAAAGAGGUGCGCCAAUAUGCUUUCGGAGUAGAAGAGUCUCAGGGUCUUUUGGAGUAUUUCAAGAGGAUGCAAAGUGAAAACCCGACAUUCUCUUAUGCAUUUCAACUGGACAAAAAUAACUGCCUUUUGAAUAUAUUCUGGGCGGAUGCAAAAGCUAAAAUGGCUUAUUAUUGUUUUGGCGACGUUGUUACCCUUGACAUGUCAUACAGAAGGAACAAAAACAUGAUACCGUUUGCCAUGUUCACUGGUGUAAACCAUCAUCUGCAGUCUGUCAUUUUUGGAUGUGCCUUGAUGACUGAUGAGACUGAGGCAUCAUAUGUUUGGCUGUUUGAGAACUGGCUUCUGGCUAUGUGUGGGGGGAGACCUCCAGUUUCACUUAUUACUGACCAACAGGAGGCUAUAGGAGCAGCCAUUGCAAAGAUGUUCCCUGAGACCCGUCACUGCAUUUGCAAGAGGCAUAUUCUAAAUAAAUGCAAGGAAAAGCUCUCCAACCUAUAUGCAGUGCAUGCCACCUUUGAAGAAGAAUUCGAAAAAUGUGUCGAUAAUUCUGAAACAGUUGAAAUAUUUGAAGCAAGUUGGAAGUCUAUCCUUGAUAAGUAUGACAUGGGAGAGAACUCAUGGUUGCAGUUCUUAUAUAGCCUGCGGCAAAAAUGGGUGCCGGUGUACCUUAAGGAUACUUUUACGGCUGAAAUCUCAGUUGUUCACAGGCCAGAAAGCUUGAACAAGUUCUUUGAGAAAUACUUUAAUUCAAAGACAAACUUACUUGUCUUUAUCUCUCUGUUUGAACAAGCAAUGGCAGGUUGGUAUGAAAGGGAAGCUUUAGAAGAUCUGGCUACACAAUAUACAAGACCACUCCUGAAGACCCCAUCAAACAUGUUAAAACAAGUUGCGGAAAUCUACACAAGGACAAUAUUUGAUAUAUUUCAGGAGGAAUUUGUUGAAUCUUUGGGUUACUAUGUUGAUAAAAUUGAGGAUGCUAUGGUUAGCAAAUAUAGAGUUACAAGAGAUGAAGAUGCGCAUGCACCAUGCACUGUCAGCUAUGAUUUCUCUGAAAAGCGAACAAGUUGCAGUUGUUGCAAGUUUGAGACAUCUGGCAUUUUAUGUAGGCAUAUAUUGAGAGUCUUCUUAACCGUUGAUGUGCGUGUUCUUCCAGAAUAUUAUAUCUUGAAACGCUGGACAAGAGAUGCCAAGAGUGGUUUUGUAUUAGACGAAUCUGUGAGAUACAAUGAGCUUUGUCGUGAUGCCAUGAAAUAUGCAAGGGAGGGGUCAACAUCUGGAGAAAUUUAUAAUGUUGCAAAGGAAGCACUGCAAAUGGCUUUUGCUGAGGUUAUGGCUGCAAAGAAAGAUAUCAUCAACCGAUGUCCAAUUUAACAUUGAUGAUAUUAUUCAAAACAUAAAAAAAGUAGAUACAGUCAAAUUAGUGUUUGUUAAAUUGGAUAUUGUUGGGUUCAUUUUUUUAGAUGACUUAACAAAAUGCUCAUAUAUCCUUUUAGGGUCUUUCUUCUACUUGUUUUAUUAUGGAAUUAAAAUGCAGAAUACCCCUAUUCCAGCAAUUACAUCAUAUUUAUCUAUAUUUCUUUCAGAAAAAAAAUAUAUAUAUAUAUAUAUAUAUCUUUAAUGAGAGCUUCUAUUCUGAUCAAGCUGUAGUUUCUGUAAAAUUGUGAUAGUUAGAUGAGCACAAUUUAAUUUUCAUGAUUUUCCUGACAAUUUUCUUUUCCUCCAAAAGCUGGCGGUGUAGAUGAGAAUUGCCACAAGGGGGAUAUGGAUGUUGAUAAAGCCAGGAUUUUUGCAUAAAAGUUGUAUAUUGUGCCAUUCCUUUUUUGGUUUGAAAGGAUGCUGGUUUCAUCAAAGCAACUAAAUUGACAACUAUAGUCAUUGCUGCCUUUGCUUCCUUUCCAUUAUAUUGGGCUUUACCACAUGUAUAUCGUUUGUGCACUUGAGAGAUCUUUUGUUCAGAUCUAUCUUGCAUAUCCCUUUCAUGUUCUCUCUUUUCUUAUGAUGCAAUGAUAAUGCCUCUUGAAUAUCUUGCCUGCAGCAGUGUUGAAUAUCUGUUACGCAAUUUUUUUGAGUCUCUUCUCAGUUCUCACUCUGAUUUGUUUGUCUAUUCAAUGUAUGACUAGAGGAUUUAUAUGGGUUGUCUGGUUUAUCCUGACAGGAAAUGCAAUAUGAACAAUGACAUGCUUAUGAUAUGGUUCAUCGAAACUGGUUAGGUUUUGUUUUUAGUGAUAGUGUGCUGUUGACUUCAUACCACUCAUGUCAUCCCUCAACAGUUAAUGAUAUCUUCCAUUUUAUUUUUCCACUUGCUUCUUUGCAGUCUUGUUAUUAUAUGGAUUAUUAUCUCACUAUUAUAAACCAUCGCAACUUGUUGAAUUCUGGUGGUGUAGAUUUCUGCCCCACCCUUGGUUUUUCAAUGCUUUCAUUUCUUUGCAAAUUCAAACUAGCUUCAUCUAUUGUUUUUUUGGAAAAGUUAUUGAAUUGUUUGCUUUACUCUUUUCAAUUACUAGUGAGCAUCCGGAAAAUAAGACAUACUACCCUGUGUAAUGACUAGCUGUUUAAACGCUCAACAGGUUGCAAGCACGCACUCAGACACAAACAUACUUGGCUGACGAGAAAAUUAUGUAAGCAUGCUACUUGAACUGAAGGCCCUCAUUGGCAAGUUUGGUGAAUCAGACAUGAAGGAUGGCCAGUGGCCACAACACUGAGCAGGAGUGUGCAGGAGCUCUCACUUAAGAGGAGGGGACUAAGACUGUUCAAACAUGGUACCAAAAGCAAUAUUAACCAAACGUGUCUCUGCAAAAAACUACACAUCCAAAGAUGAGGUGUCGAAUCAGAUUACCUCAGACAAGACCAUUACAAUGCAAUAAUAGUUGAAUCAUGACCAAGAGGAGAAGAUUGUGAUCAUAGGAAAGGGAAAGAGUCCUAUUGAGAUGUUCUUGUGGAAGUGGAAGGACUGAUUGAGCACAAACAACUCAGCUCAAAGUCAAGACAAAAAUGAUGAGAGCAACACCUUCAAGGGAAGAGAUAAGAUAGUCUCCAUCUUCUUCCACUAAUUCAAGUGCCUCAUGCUCUUCACAUCUCCAUGGAAUCUUAGAACUACUCCAUCACCACUUCAUCCUACUCAUGUUCCAAAUGCCUGACAAUGUCCACAUCUCUUCCCACUGAAGGGGAGGAGGACUGGUGGAGAUGGAUGAAGUGAUAAAAGGGGCCACAUCAGAUGCAAUUAGUGGCCAUGAGACACUCAUCAGAGCUCCAACAAAAGGCAAUGCUCCCCCACUCUUUGUGCAAAUUGAGAUAAAGUUUAGCUUAAAGAUGAAACAUAUCAACAUAAAUAACUGGCCUGAAAGCUAAGAUGUGUUUGUUUAAUCAUCUCAUCAUGUUCUCCUGGGUUACAAACCAGCAUCAAGUGUCAACAAGAGAUUGCAUGAUGAGUGAUGAGAUGGGAUUAAUGGUGACCAAGGGAGAGGAGCUACACCAACCUGACUUGUACUUUUUUUCAUUUCAACAACAACAACAACAACAA